AUGUCUGUCCUGGCUGAGCCCAACGUUACAGUCGCACUCCCUUUUGCGCCGGUUUUUGCACCGUUCGACGUCGAUAUUGGCGUCUUUUCUCCAGCCUCUUCAAUAUUUCAAAUGGCUAAGGACAGUGGUGGGCUCACCUCUGUCGAGACGCGUCCCCUCGUAUUUCGGACGGCUUUACAGCCCCAGGGCGGAGUUCAGUCGUGUCCAGCAGGCAGCGACAUUAUGGUCAGGGCAGUGGAACCGGGCGGCAAAAGGACGUCGCACCAACAAUACGAAAGACGCAAUACUCCGUAA